AUGGAGUCAUACCAACGCACGACCCUUAUGAGCACAUUCCCUGCCCUACCAGUACCAUCACCUCCGCCGCAGCUACUACAGCAGUCCCCCGACGCCCCCUCGCCCUCGGUAUCCUCCGACACGAGCAAAGACAGGAAGGACUCCUUCGUGAAAAUCCGAUGGGACAACUGCACCUCUCCCUAUCUCAGCAAGCAGAAUCCCCGCGUUGUCAAGGAACUCCAACAGCUCGUUAACCAAGGAAGGGAGGGCUGCAAACCAAACCAAUUGGACGCAUGCAUUGACGCCGUCGCCAAAGCACGCCACGCCGUCGCCCAAAAGCCCAAAUAUUUUGAAGAGCCCCCAGAACUCCGUCAGCAAGCCCCCCAACAGGCCCCCCGAAAGGCCCAAUUAGAGCCUCAUGCUCUGCUAUCACCGUCACAACCAGCUACGGACUCAGAAAGCGCCACAUCGAGCUAUUCUACUGCCAAAAAGAGGGGACGCCCCCUGAAGCAGCAACAGGACCAGCAGAAGAAACAGAGACUCAGCACCCAUCCCCCCACGACCCCAAUGCCGUUGAUACAAGGCGAAGGCACCGGCCCUACCCGGAAAGCAGUGUCAACAGGCAGAUCAUCCACCCUCGCCCACGACAUCACGGUCGAUGAGAGCGAAUACCAUAGCACGACAUCGAGAGUCCGGUUCCUGGACCUACAGUCAACAGACGAUACAGCCCCCAGCAGCCAGGAAUCAACGAACGAAGCCCUAUCAGGCCCGGAGCAGUCCGCAUCCGAACCAGAACUCGGGCAUCCGCUGCCUCAGACUCCGACAUCCCCCCCUCCUCCCAUCCAUUCCCUGUGCAGCUCCCCCCGUAAGCGCCGCAGUUCUGCCAGAAUCAGCAAAUCCGAGCCUGAACAUGCGCCGGAACCACCCAGCAAGCCCCGGAAAUCCAGUGGCCACCGAUCUCCACCACUAAACCAAAGCACCAGCAAACACCCAACACAAAGGGCGAAGUGGAACGGGAAACGCAAAGCGGAGAACAAAUACCGACAAGCGAAGAACGGCCUCUUCGGCAAUAGGCGAACCCCACAGACGCCGACGCAAGAGCAACAGCUCCGGGACUAUAUCAACGGAUGGGAAGAUGCCCAGAAGGGGAAAAGGGCAGAAGGACAGGCCAUCGACUACAACAAAGGAUGGAAAGACUCCCACCACGCCGCCAACCUCGCCCGGGAGCAUGCUGCAGCAGAACUUGCCCCGGCCGCAGCGGACCAUUUCGAUCUCUUGUGGCCAUCGAUCUCACGCCCCGAUAUCUCCCGAUUGUGCAUCUUCGUCCGCAGAAGUCUCUCAAAACAGUUGGUACACUACAUCCAGCAUGCCCUGUCAAUAUACGUCUCCGAAGGCGAGCCUAACUUCUUCAUCCAUAAUGUCUACAACCCACCAGGCGUCAUCGAGAACUACGGCAUCAGGGAUCUCCGAGAAGCCAUCCAAAAGGCAGACAACGUACCCGGACAGAUCACCACAUCGUCGUCGGGGACUUUAUCCUUACCCCACGAGGCGUCGUCACCAAGGCCUUCCAGGGCCGGCAUAGGAGGAAGCCCUGGAACAACCCUCGACCUCACCCUCUCGUCAUGGGAACUCCAAGAGCAACUACGACAUGUACGAGUAGUGGAGAUAUCAGGCCUCUCGGACCACCUGCCAAUCGCAAGCGAGUUCAACACACUCCUUACUACCAAAGAGACAACACCGAAGCGGAACUGGAAGGAACUCGACGCCGAUAAGCUCCGCAGCACAUCCAUUGACAACCAGUGGGCAGCAAACGCUAUCGACACAACAGCGCUACAACUAGUCGAAGCGAUUCACACAGCGAUAGACGCUUCAACGCCAUGGUCAAAGCCAACAACCCUCUCUCGCCCCGGGUUCACCAAAGAGUGCCGCCUGCUGCAAAAAGAGGCCCACCAGGCUCAGAAGCAGAUCCUGCGGUUCCAGGAAACACACAACAGGCCUGCACCGGAACCAAUGCUACGGGCGUUCCGCCACAAGAAGGCGGUGGCCCGCAAGCGCAUUAAGCGUUACAUGAACCAGGCCCACCAAACAAGAUCACGGAGGCCGCAGAGUCAAGCUCUACGCGACAGACCUGGAACCUCUCGAGGUGGGCAAGGGAUCGGUCCCCCUAUCAGGCCUUCACACCGCCUCUCUAUGGAACGAACGGGGCACCUGCGCUUUCGCCCAGAACAGAAAGCCGCCCUACUCACUGAGGCCUUCUUCCCGUCGCCCCGAACAGCAUCGAUAGUCGAUAUCGACGGCUUUAGCUACCCGGAGCCGGUGCUAGUUCCGCUAAUCACAGCAACCGAAGUCCAGCGAGCAAUCCACCUCCCCGGGACAUUCAAAGCGGCUGAGCCUGAUGAUAUCCCGAACCGAGUUCUACAAGCAGCGGCACCAACGGACCAGCAUACGCUAGACCCACUAUCCCCUAUGCUCGCAAACCUCUUCAACAGCUGUCUAAGCAUUGGCUACUGCUCGCAGCACUUCCGCGAUUCAAAAACCGUUACCCUCCGAAAGCCCGGAAAAGACGACUACAGCAAGCCAAAGUCAUACCGACCAAUCGCCCUACUAAACACUAUCGGCAAAGCCCUUGAAGGGGUGCUCGCGCUACGACUCAGCUAUCUCGCUGAGGAACAUAACCUACUGCCCCGAAACCACUUUGGAGGGCGAAAAGGCCAGGGAACGGACACAGCACUCCAUGCCGUGGGCUCGCCGCUAUCUCCGAUACUCUACCUCUUCUACAAUGCGGACCUAAUGGGAGAUAAGCAGUACACGAGCAACUUUGGGUACGUCGACGAUACAAUCAUGAUAGCUGUGGGCAACUCGGAGGCAGAGAACUGCCGCUCGCUGCAGAAAAGCUUCCGGGAGUGCGAUACCUGGGCCAAAACGCACGCAUCAGUCUUUGCGCCAGACAAAUUCGCCCUGGUCCACUUUCCCCACCAAAAUCACUACCAGGAGUCACAGAACGACAACUCCAGCACCACCGAAGGGUCUGCAUCGCCACAAGGCAGCUCAGCGGACGUCAACCUCGGCAAUGGGCGAAACAUCAGGCAUUCGGCAUCAGCAAAGCUACUGGGCGUCCUGCUCGAGAGCCGCCUAUCAUUCAAGGACCUUUACAGCAAAUCGACAAGAAAUGCAGCAAGGGGCUGCAGUCAGUCGGGGCGCUCGGCAGGUCCAAAUGGGGCUUCAGCAUCGAACAAAAUCGACUCAUCUACAACGCCUGUAUCGCCCUCAAAGCCAUUCCAUAGCAUCUCUGGCGCAUUCCGCAGGGUCAGCGGGACGGCCCACAACGCCCAGCUAUAUCUCCAACCAAUGGCACACCGGCUGCGGGAGAGUCGCUUCAGAGCAGUUACUUGUAUCGCCACAUCAAAGGUCUACAAAACCAUCCGGGAUCGACGCAGCCACCACCGCAAGCAGGCAAUGCAGACAGCACUCGAAACAGCAGAGGAGGAGCUACUAUCAUAA